AUGGGACUAACAGUGGACGCGGAAGUGAUCAAGAUCGAACACCCCACACGAGGAGAUGAUACACGGGCAUGGGGUCCUCCAUACGCCAAAUACAAAGAUGAUACAAAGGAGGGCCCGGGAGAAAGUGCUUAUUACUUAGGUGUGAGUCAUGCUUUAACCUCUGAUACAGUAUUCUGGCUUCUAACUUGCGAACAGGUUAACCGUAACAAGAAGUCUGUUGGGUUGUCAUUUGCGCAUGAGUCUGGCAUUGAGAUCCUUCAUAAGCUUGCAAAGGAGAGCGACGUGUUUGUGGAGAACUAUAUCCCUGGAUCACUGAAGAAAUAUAAGAUGGAUUAUGAGUCACUUCGGGCAAUAAAUCCAAGAUUGAUCUAUGCAAGUGUCACUGGCUAUGGGCAAACAGGACCAUACAGCAAGCGAGCUGGCUAUGAUGUGAUGGUAGAGGCUGAGAUGGGAUUGAUGCAUAUCACCGGGUCGAGGGAUGGGCCGCCAGUUAAGGUUGGAGUCGCUGUAACCGAUUUAACCACUGGUCUGUACACAUCAAAUGCUAUCAUGGCUGCACUUAUAGCUCGUGGUAGAACUGGUAAAGGUCAACACAUUGAUGCUUGCUUGAGCGAUUGCCAAAUAGCGACUCUUGCAAACCUUGCGAGCUCGGCACUUAUUAGUGGGGAGAAGGAUUCUGGAAGAUGGGGAACAGCUCAUCCUUCAAUCGUCCCAUACCGGAGUUUUAAAACAAAGGAUGGUGAUAUUCUACUUGGUGGAGGAAAUGACAGACUCUUCGGGGUUCUCUGUGACAGGCUAGGCCACCCGGAGUGGAAGACCGACGCACGUUUUACCACAAAUGCCCUUCGUGUAAAGAAUCGGGAGAUCAUCGACAAACUCAUUGAGGAUCUUACCGAGCAGAGGACGACUCAAGAAUGGUUAGAGGUCAUGGAAGGCAGCGGUAUGCCAUAUGCGGCUGUAAAUGACAUCCAAGGCGCUCUGAACCAUUCACAUGUGCUUGAUCGAGGGAUGGUACAAGAGGUUGACCACCCGGAUUGCGGACCUAUCAAACUUGUAAAUACUCCCGUCAAAUAUUCUCAUGCCACACCAGGCAUACGAACGCCACCUCCAACACUCGGACAACACACUGAUGAAGUAUUGAGCAAUGUCAUGGGCUAUGACAAAGCAAAAAUAGCCCAAUUGAAGGCAGACGGAAUUGUUUCAUAG